CGUUAUUUAGAAUCAUUAGUAAGAUCUGUACUGUAUGAUGAUAUACGGAGAGAGUCGUGUCCAUUAUUAAAGGGGCGUUAUGGAAGAUUAGAUAAAGAGUUUUCAGUUCUAACUAUAAUAGUUAAAAACUAGAUAAUGCAAAGGGAAUAUGCUGAAAAUUUCAGUCAAAUUGCUCCACCCUGAACCGAGAUAUUAUCGAUUGAAUUUUAGGCCUAGCCCCGAUCACCAGCUCAUACCUCUUGCAUAAUGAAUGUACCGGUAUGUUUAUAAAUAUUAAUAUAUAACUAACUUCCAGUUUAUGGAUGACACGCUUAUGUUUGUCUUUCUUGGUCAGUUUUGUCUUUUUUACAUAGCGAGAUAAGGGUUAUACCAGAACUUGAAAACGAAACGAAGUAAUACUAAGUUAGGAGUUACGACUGCACACACUCAAUAUCCAAUGCAACACUGUCAAUCGUUGGAUGUUACUGGCGUUAGUUUGUUCUUGCCCUUGGACCAUUUAAAUUGCAAUUUUCAAUAGGAUAUUUAUCGGUCUGUUCAAUUAUUUGUGUACCAUAUAGAGCUGAUAGCGGAUCGCCCUAAACAUAACAAACAUGGUUUGAAAACAAAAUUUCUGCCGUGGGUCUACUAUUAUUUUAUAUAAAGACCUUGUAUCUCUAUACCUUUCGACCGAAAUUUAUAGGCUAUCCAUCGCGAAACCCCCCAAAUUUUCUUCUGGUAGUUUGUUAGUUCGGAUCUAUCGUCUGUUUUGUGUUCAAGGUUUAUAGUGUUAUAUGUUAAGAUGGCCAAUGCCAUUAAUUCAACGACGGGGCAUGAAUUAGAUCUACCCCUUUCCGCAAAUAUCAGAGAUAUUAUUGUCCACCAUUUUAUACUUGACUGGAAUUGUGACGUAAAAGGUACCAAGUCUAUCAUUCUCUUCUUGCGGCCUGCGACGGAUAUCUCUAAUGAUGCUGUUAAACGAAAUAUGUCGGAUGAAAUAACUAAUGAGCACCAACCCAAACAAUCCCCCCAAGACAUUUUGGCGUCAACGACGUGUAAUCCAACUGACAUCGUUAAAAGUAAACAAAAUCUGACAGACGAGCAGCACUCCCAACAAUCCGACAAAGACUUCUUUGGGCACACUACAGGAAACUCUAAUUACACCGUCAAAAAUAAACAGAUUCUGUCAGAUCCGGGAACUAGCGAGCAUCGCAACAAACAAUCAACCCAAGACUUCUUGGGUAAACAGAAUCCGUCAGAUCCGGGAACUGACGAGCAACACCCCGAACGAUCCACCCAAGACUUCUUGAGUAAAGAGAAUCCGUUAGAUCCGGGAACUGACGAGCACCGCAACAAACCAUCAACCCAUGACAUCUUGGGUAAACAGAAUCCGCCAGACCCGAGAACUAGCGAGCACCGCAACAAACAAUCAACCCAAGACUUCUUGGAUAAACAGAAUCCGUCCGAUCCGGGAACCAGCGAGCCCCACAACAAACCAUCAACCCAUAACAUCUUGGGUAAACAAAAUCCGCCAGAUCCGGAAACUGACGAGCAACACCCCGAACGAUCCACCAGAGACUUUGUGUUAAUAUUAGACUGCUGUGAUCUCGAAAUUAUUUCUGUGGAAGAAUUAAAACGUUCUGAUAGUUUUAGGGUUCCACACACCCAUGUUGAAAAGAAAGCUGACAUAAAAAAUGAAAACGGGUUUUAUAUGAGUCACAUGGAUCAGAAAGGACAACCUUUAGAAUUUGUGGUUGAAAAACAUUGUUUGAAGACAUGGAAGCCCGGCGUGAGUUCGGUUUCAAGUUUCCCGGAAGUUGUACAAAUUAAAUAUGCCAUAACAGCAAAUGGAAAAUCUUUUAAAUGGACCAAAGAUGUGGAUGGGAAAUCAUGUGGGUUUACCAUUGGCCACUGGAUAAAUAACCGCUCCCUGUUUCCCAGUCAAGAUGCACCGUCAGCGAUGCCAACAUGGCAGGCGAUCAUUCGUGCUGAAACAAAUCAAGUUGUCCUGAUGAGUGGAGAUGAAACGGGGAAAUUAAUAGAUAAAUAUUCAAGUGAUGAGCUCAAGGCUUAUUUUUUCUAUACAUCAAUGUCGAUGCCUACUUCAACUUUAGCUAUUGCUUGUGGAGAAUGGACGGAAGUGGUGAUUGUGUCUCGUGGCAAUGAUACCGAUGAUGUAUCAGCCUUACCAUCCUGUCGGAAGCAUGGCGCGAACUGUCAGACGAAUUUCUCCUCGAAUAAUAUACUCCCUUGUCGCCUGUUCUUACCAGAGUCAUUAAAAGAUGCCGGAGAGGAAUUAAAUGUUUAUUUACCCAGUUGUAUGAACGCGGUGAAAGAUAUUUUGGGUCCUCAUCCAUUUCAACGUCUGGACAUUUUGAUUGUUCCUGAAUGUUUCGACAGUCUGGGCAUGGCCAGUCCCAGCCUUCUGUUUUUAUCUCAGUCUGUGUUAUCAGGUGACUAUAGUAUGUUUCAUAGAGUAGCCCACGAACUUUGUCAUUCUUGGUUUGGUCUUCUCAUUGGACCCAAGGACUGGACGGAAGAAUGGAUGACAGAAGGGUUUUGUACAUAUUUAGAGGAUAUCGUCCAUGCUAAAGCUCUGAAGUGGGAGAGAGACGUCACCGACGAAUUCAUAGAAUUGCGAUCUCUUUUACGUUAUAAAAUAUUAUCUAAUGAACUUGAACAUACAGAAGGUCAUCUACAAUUACUAAGACCUAACCAAGGCAGCGUUUCGAGUGAAAAUGAGAAGUUUGUUAAACAUGGUAUGAAUCCUGAGAAAGGUUUUAUGCAAGUUCAUUAUUUAAAGGGUUAUUUUUUGUUACGUUAUUUGGAAGAAACGGUUGGUCGAGAGGCCUUUUUACACUUUUUGAAGAAAUACGUUGUUGAAUGGCACGGUGAAUUAGUUUUAUCACAGGAAUUUAUGAAGAUGUUUUUAGACAACUUUUUACGUUUAAGGGUGACUGGUAUGUCCGAAGACUAUCUCUGCAGUGAAUGGUUGGAUUAUCCAGGAAUACCAUUGCCAAUUAAAAAUUUCCCGGCUACAAUAAAAUCUAAAAACAGAAUGAUAAUAGCUGUAAAUAAAGAGAUAGAGAAUAUUUAUUCCACGUGUCGACAUGUUUCUAAAAAGUCCAAUAAAAAAAGGAAAAUUGAUGUGACCAGCGAGACUCACGAGCUAAAUGCCGAUCAGAAAGUUCUAUUAUUAGAAGAAUUAUUAAAUAAAGACAAUUUACCUGAGAAUGUGUUUACCUGUCUACGUCAACAAUACAAUAUAGAUUCAACUAAUGCAGAGGUAUAUCAUCGAAUGUGUGAACUUAUAAUAAAACAUAAAUACACCAAAUAUUUUCCUGAGAUUGAGCGGUUCCUAAAACAACACCAGUCUAUGGGAGUGUAUUUGUAUGGUGAAAUGAUGCUUUCUGAAAACCAGAAACUUAUUGAAAUGUCACGGCGCAGUUUUUCUCUUGUAAAAAAUGAAAUGCCGGAUGGAGUCUUUAGUACUGUUCACGCUAUGUUGUAUGGAGAUUAAUUAUUUUUUAAAAAAACAGGAUACUCAAAGGGGGAAAAAAGAAUGGAUAUUUGUUGAAAGACCAACCUUUGCUAAAUGAAUGUCUACACAAAGUAAUUCAGUGCUAAAAUGUAUUUUUUUUUUUUUUAUAUUAAACAAUAAAGUUAUACCAAUA